UCGACCUUCCCCCACAUGGGCAGGCACAGGGCACGCGUAGCGCCAAACGAGGCCGCGCCCCACCUUCACGCUCGCUGCUCCCGUCCGUCCGUGAGCCCGUCCCCGUCCGUCCAUCUCCUCCUCGCUCCAACCCCGCCCCGCUUUAUAAGCCAUCGCCCGCUCCCCAUCACCACCGUCUCGCACCGUCGCGGCCACCCACAUCAGCCUCCCUCUCUUUCCGAGGCCCGUAAUUCUUCCAACCAAUCGAUCCGUCCGCUGCUCGUUCGUCGAUCCGUUCCUAGGUGCGUUUCAGUCAUGCAGUUCAGCAGCGUGUUUCCCCUGGAGGGAAAAGCAUGUAUGAGCCCGGUGAGGAGAAGCGGUGAGGGCUCUGGGAGUGAGUGGGUGAGGAUUGGGGACUGCAGCAACUUCAAGAACGAGAGAUCAUUGAGGAUGUGUUUUGGUGCUAGAGGUGCUGCAAACGGUGCGCAAUGCGUGCUCACUUCAGAUGCUGGCCCAGACACUCUUGUUGUUCGAACGCCCUUCCGAAGGAAUUAUGCUGAUCCAAAUGAAGUUGCUGCUGUCAUAUUGGGUGGUGGUACCGGGACUCAGCUUUUCCCUCUCACAGGCACAAGGGCCACUCCUGCUGUUCCUAUUGGAGGAUGUUACAGGCUUAUCGAUAUCCCCAUGAGCAACUGUUUCAACAGUGGCAUAAACAAGAUAUUCGUGAUGACUCAAUUCAACUCAGCUUCUCUUAAUCGCCAUAUUCAUCGCACAUACCUUGGUGGGGGAAUCAACUUCACUGAUGGAUCUGUUGAGGUAUUGGCUGCAACGCAAAUGCCCGGGGAAGCUGCUGGUUGGUUCCAGGGUACAGCAGAUGCUGUCAGAAAAUUUAUCUGGGUACUUGAGGAUUAUUACAAGCACAAAGCUAUAGAACACAUUCUAAUCUUGUCAGGAGAUCAGCUCUAUCGUAUGGAUUACAUGGAGCUUGUGCAGAAACACGUUGAUGACAACGCAGACAUUACUUUAUCAUGUGCUCCAGUUGGAGAAAACCGAGCAUCCGACUAUGGACUAGUUAAGUUCGACAGUUCAGGCAGGGUAAUUCAGUUCUCUGAGAAACCAAAGGGUGCAGACUUGGAAGCAAUGAAAGUGGAUACCAGCUUUCUCAAUUUUGCCAUGGACGACCCAACUAAGUAUCCCUACAUUGCUUCAAUGGGAGUUUAUGUUUUCAAAAGAGAUGUUCUUUUAAACCUUCUAAAGUCAAGGUAUUCUGAACUUCAUGACUUUGGUUCUGAAAUUCUGCCCCGAGCUUUACAUGAGCACAAUGUGCAGGCAUAUGUCUUCACUGACUACUGGGAGGACAUUGGAACAAUCAAAUCAUUCUUUGAUGCAAACAUGGCCCUAUGCGAGCAGCCUCCGAAGUUCGAGUUUUAUGAUCCAAAAACGCCCUUCUUCACUUCCCCUCGGUACUUACCACCAACGAAGUCAGAUAAGUGCAGGAUUAAAUACUCAAUCAUUUCCCACGGCUGCUUCUUGCGUGAAUGUACCAUUGAGCAUUCCAUUGUUGGUGUUCGUUCACGCCUGAACUCUGGAUGUGAGCUGAAGAAUACCAUGAUGAUGGGCGCGGAUUUGUACGAGACUGAAGACGAGAUUUCGAGGCUAGCGUCAGAGGGCAAGGUACCUAUUGGUGUAGGGGAGAACACAAAGAUAAGCAACUGCAUCAUCGAUAUGAACGCAAGGGUCGGAAGAAACGUGUCCAUCACAAACAGCGAGGGCGUCCAAGAAGCCGACCGGCCGGAGGAAGGGUACUACAUCAGGUCGGGGAUCGUGUUGAUCCUGAAGAACGCAACCAUCAAGGACGGAACCGUCAUCUAGAGCGCCCCAUGGGUCAAAGUCUAGCCUUGCUGAGAAUUUGGGAUGCGCGACCUUGAUCUGUGAUGAGGAAGAAGAGCACAAGGAAGAAGACGGUUGGAGCUGGAUGAUCGAGGAGAAAGACGGCGUGCGCGGUAGCAGUGGUACUAGUCGUUCUUCCCUUGCUAUAUGUAGUAUGCAAUAAGCUGCCCGAGUAUAGCUGCAGCAACUCUUGGGGAUCGUUGGUGCAUCUUGUAAAUAAUCUCGGACAAACAAACAAACAAAAAAGAAGUUGCUCAUCUCAUCCCCAGCUCU